CGGUUGUUCGCCCUCCCAGCCGCACAGUCUCCUUCAGCUCGGACACCUUUGGACAGACAUGAGCGGCGGCGGCGAGUAUCCGUACCCCAAGUACACGUGGUCCCCGGCCGGCGGCUGGUGGGCUAAGACCAAGAACUGGCAGCGCAACACCGGCGUGGCACUUGUUGUCCUGGCGGCUGUGGCUGGCCCCAUCGCGCUGUACUCGAGCUCGAACCACAUCAAGUUCCCGGCCGAAGAGCGCCGCAAGCUGUAGACGCGCACAGCACAGCAGUCAGAGAGAAAACAGCUACAGUGACAUUAAUAUGUGGGCAAAACAGAAGACGACACGGGCGAGAAGGAGCUGAAGAUGUCGAGCGGGCAGGAAUCACCAGGAAUUAUUGAAAGACUCUUCUGAGCCAAGGGUGGCAGUCAACCUCCUAGUUAUUCAGUUCUACUAGUCAAUGAGGCGUUAUGCAGCUUUUGUUUCCAUUGCGUGUGUCUUACUUCCUUGCUUUUAGGUGGUAUUAAACUCGACAGGCUUUUAUUACUUCG